AAAUUCUCUGCACACCACCACGAGUUGAAAAUGGAGAUGGUAUAAAUGUGAAACCAAUUUACAAGGAGAAUGAAAGAUACCACUAUAAGUGUAAGCAAGGUUAUAUGUCCAAAGAAAGAGGGGAUGCAAUCUGCACAGGUUCUGGAUGGAGUCCUCAGCCUUCCUGUGAAGUCAAUGACAGAGGUGAAUGCAACUGUCAUGGCAUGGCUUUCAAGCUGUAUCUGUCAUUGGUUAUCCACUCCCUGAAUUCCUGUGCCAACUUUACCCUGGCACAUCAUACUGGCAAGACAAAUUUUAAGUUGAAGAGUUUUAUAUGUGAUUUGAGUGUUUUUCUGGUUGUUUUAUUUAAUUUUUUUUUAUUCCAAGUGAAACCUUGUGAAUUUCCACAAUUCAAACAUGGACAUCUGUAUUAUGAAGAGAGAGUGAGAUCCUACUUCCCAGUAUCUAUAGGAAAGAAGUACAGCUAUAAGUGUGACAACGGGUUUUCACCACCUUCUGGGUAUUCCUGGGACUACCUUCGUUGCACAGCACAAGGGUGGGAGCCUGAAGUACCAUGCCUCAGGAAAUGUGUUUUCCAUUAUGUGGAGAAUGGAAAAUCUUCAUACUGGGAAGUAAUAUAUAUGCAGGGUCAGUCUGUAAAAGUCCAGUGUCACAGUGGCUAUAGUCUUCCAAAUGGUCAGGACACAAUUACAUGUACAGAGAAGGGCUGGUCGACUCCUCCCAAAUGCAUCCUUAUCAGUAAGUAACCAGCCCUUACAUUG